AACACGGCGAGGAUAAAGCAAGAUGGCGUCUGACGGUGAAGACGUUAUUGCAGUGUUCUUAAUCUGUGCGUCCAUGUACACAUAUAUGUCCUUUAUGACACUUUAUUCAUUAAUAACUGUUUGUAUAUUAGUCUGAGCGCACUUUGAUGCUAGCUUAGCUUGCUAGUUAGCUUAGCUUGUUAGCUGCUAACAAAGAAGUGAUGAAAACACAUCGCUAAGCAGAGAUCAAGUGUGAGUGUAAAGUGUUGUGAUUGUGUGAAAAUGUGCGAAAGAACCAUAGCAGAGUACGAGGAGGAACUUUGUCCAACAAAAGAGGAGAAGGAGCGACAACAUCAAGUUGGGUUACACACAACAGACAUCCAUCAGCUGAUUGGACACCAAGAAGAAUGUCUCCCUCAUCUGCAGGGGGACACUUUCACUUUAGAGGAUCCACAGCCCUCACAUUUUAAAGGGGACAAGGAGGAUCCACACAUGAAAGAGGAAGAGGAGGGAGAGUGUGUUGUGGGGCAGGAGGAGGAUGAUGUCAGCAAGUUUCCACUGACUGUUGUCUCUGUGAAGACUGAAGAGCAUGAAGACAAAGCACGUGAGUCCUCACAGCUUCAUCACAGUCCAAACGUUCAACAGCCCCUUCACAUUAAAGAGGAAGAUGAUGAUCCACAGCCCACUUACAUUAAAGAGGAAGAGGAGGAUCCACAGCCCCCCCACAUGAAAGAGGAAGAGGAGGAGCCACACAUGAAAGAGGAAGAGGAAGGAGGGUGUGUUGUAGGGCAGGAGGAGGAUGAUGUCAGCAAGUUUCCACUGACUGUUGUCUCUGUGAAGACUGAAGAGCAUGAAGACAAAGCACCUGAGUCCUCACAGCUUCAUCACAGUCCAAACGUCCAGCGGGUGUCAGCGGGGAGUCAUGAAGAGGAGUGGCACACCAGUGUGGGACAGAAGGAGCUACAGGCCCCCUCCCACGUUAAAGAGGAGCAGCUUCAUGAUGAAGAUGAAGCUCAGUCCUUACAGCUUCAUCACAGUCAAAGUGAGGAGAACAGAGGGGCGGAGCUUGUAAGUCAACAAAUCACAGAAGCUGAUGGAGAGCAUUGUGAAGAUAUAAAGUCAGAACCAGACAGCAUCUUUGCUCCACUGUCAGACAUGGACCACAUGAUGUCACACUCUUCUGAUCACAGUGACCACAUCCAAAAACCUUUGGAGAGUCAAAAUGACUCUAAAGGUGAUACGAGACAUCACACUAACAACAAACACUUUGACUGCUCUCAAUGUGGGAAAUCAUUUAGACUGAAGAGUAAUGUUACAGUACACAUGAGAACACAUACUGGAGAGAAACCUUUUACUUGCUCUGUUUGUAAGAAGAGUUUCUCCACAAAGCAAAGCAUGACCACACACAUGAGAACACACACUGGAGAGAGACCUCUUUUUUGCUCAGCUUGCGCUAAAAGAUUCAACAAUAAGAAUGACAUGAUAUUACACAUGAGAACACACACAGGUGAGAACCCCUUUACUUGCUCUGUUUGUAAGAAGAGUUUUUCCAGAAAGGCACACAUGACCACACACAUGAGAACACACACUGGAGAGAAACUUUUUGCUUGUGCUAAAAGAUUCAACACUAAGAAUCACAUUAUAUCACACUUGAGAACACACACACAUGAGAAACCUUUUACUUGCUCUGUUUGUAAGAAGAGUUUUUCCAGAAAGGAACACAUGACCACACACUUGAGAACACACACUAAAGAGAAACCUUUUAUUUGCUCUGUUUGUAAGAAGAAUUUCCCUAGCAAGCAAAUCAUGAUCAGACACAUGAGAACACACACUGGAGAGAAACCUUUUUUUUGCUCAGCCUGUGCUAAAAGAUUCAACACUAAGAAUCACAUUAUAUUACACAUGAGAACACACACAGGUGAGAGACCUUUUACUUGCUCUGUUUGUAAGAAGAGUUUUUCCAGAAAGGCACACAUGACCACACACAUGAGAACACACACUGGAGAGAAACCGUUUCUUUGCUCAGCUUGUGGUAAAAGAUUCAACACUAAGAGUGACAUGAUAUUACACAUGAGAACACACACAGGUGAGAAACCUUUUACUUGCUCUGUUUGUAAGAAAAGUUUCUCCAGAAAGGAACGCAUGACCACACACAUGAGAACACACACUGGAGAGAGACCUCUUCCUUGCUCAGCUUGCGCUAAAAGAUUCAACACUAAGAGGGAAAUUAUAUUACACAUGAGAACACACACAGGUGAGAAACCUUUUACUUGCUCUGUUUGUAAGAAGAGUUUCUCCAGAAAGGAACACAUGACCACACACAUGAGAACACACACUGGAGAGAAACCUUUUAUUUGCUCUGUUUGUAAGAAGACUUUCUCCAGCAAGCAAAUCAUGACCAGACACAUGAGAACACACACUGGAGAGAAACCUAUUCCUUGCUCAGCUUGCGCUAAAAGAUUCAACAAUAAGAAUGACAUGAUAUUACACAUGAGAAUACACACAGGUGAGAGACCUUUUAUUUGCUCUGUUUGUAAGAAAAGUUUCUCCAGAAAGGAACACAUGACCAUACACAUGAGAACACACACUGGAGUGAAACCUUUUUCUUGCUCAGCUUGUGCUACAAGAUUCAACACUAAGAAUGACAUGAUAUUACACAUGAGAACACACACAGGUGAAAAACCUUUUACUUGCUCUGUUUGUAAUAAGAGUUUUUCCAGAAAGCUAAGCAUGACCAUACACAUGACAACACACACUGGAGAGAAACCUUUCUCUUGCUCAGCUUGUGCUAAACGAUUCAACACUAAGAAUAAAAUUAUAUUGCACAUGAGAACACACACAGGCGAGAAACCUUUUCUUUGCUCUGUUUGUAAGAAGAGUUUCUCCAGAAAGGGUGACAUGACCACACACAUGAGAACACACACUGGAGAGAAACCUUUUUCUUGCUCAUUUUGUGUUAAAAGAUUCAACUCUAAGAAGGAAAUUAUAUUGCACAUGAGAACACACACAGGUGAGAAACCUUUUCCUUGCUCAGCUUGUGCUAAAAGAUUCAACACUAAGAGAGAAAUGAUAUUACACAUGAGAACACACACAGGCGAGAAACCUUUUACUUGCUCUGUUUGUAAGAAGAGUUUCUCCAGAAAAGACAGCAUGACCACACACAUGAGAACACACACUGGAGAGAAACCUUAUUUUUGCACUGUGUGUGAUAAGAUGUUCAGGUUUAAGAAUCAGGUGAGUAAACACAAGUGUGUAACAGUCAUGGAAGCUGCAGGGAUGUAAACAGACUUAAACAGUGAUUGUGCUAAAUGUAGUUUAAAAACACAGCAUGUUUAAUAAGAAUGUAUAUUUGAUGUUGUAUGUAGUGCUUCUCAUCUUUUAGUCUUAUAUGUUGUCCUGUAAUUACUGUUUAAGUUGUGUGCAUGUAUUGAAUAUUAUAUAUGUAGCUACUAUUUUAUUUUUUUCUCAUCUUUGAAGAGAGGACAUCUUAUUAUAUUAAUUUUUUUUUUUUUCACACGUGUUUUCCAUUGCAUUUUAUUGAUGUUAUUAUUCAAUUAAAAGUAUGAAUGAAUAAAAUGGUUAACAAAAUGUGGACUCUGGUAGAUUAGCAGCAUUGUUACAUCAUGGAUGUUAACUACUACAAAACAUCAACAAAGAAGAAAAAUGCUGAAGUUAGCAACACAUCACUGAACUUUAGAGCCAUCGUGAGUGGAGUUGCUUGUUUUUAUUGCUGCAUUUGUACUUAUUUCACCUCACAUCUUCACUUUUAAUCCUAAAGUCUUCUUCAAAUAUUGUCAUGACGUUUACUAUGAAGGGUUUGUUUUUCCGAGGUGCAAUAAAAGUUGGAGCGGACAUGGCGUGAAGGUAAGGACGUAUUUAUUGUAACAAAGUACAAACAAAAGGCGCACACAAGGCGCAGAUAAAACUUGACUAUGAAACAAAAAGCUAGCACAAAGGCAAAACUAUGGACAUAAAAUAAAUAAGCACUUAC